AUGAUGAAAAUCGAAGGUGGCCAGCCAAUCGUUGUUUGUUUCAAGGAAAGAAAACCGGAAUCAGUUGUCCUGCCGGUAUAUGUCAUGACGGAUCGCACAAUGCACCGGAAGCCGCGGCCGUUCGACCUUAGUGGAUCGGCACAAAUGACGCCGCCCUCCACUACUCCUGAUAUUCCUGUGUCAUCUCCGUCCGCACGUGGAGUUAGCAGCAAGAAGUCAGUCACCGUACCAACCUCCCAAGAAGCGGUCGCAGAGGGCAGCAGCAGGAAGCAGCAGGAUACGGCCAAAGAGAAGCGUGCAAGUUCCAAAGAAGAUGAAGAAGGUAAGUGUAUGGUUAAACGGGAAGUGAAACGUGGCCGUGACUACCUAUUGCGGAAAAUCCCAGAAUACUGCUAG